UGCACGGACAAUCUGCUGAUAACAUCGUGCCAGCCUCCCACCGCAGAAGGAUACGUGGGCCUCCCACCCGACGUCAACAUGCGGCGGGGACUCGCAUCGCUGCCUGACACAUUCCGGAAAAGGGCUAAAGUACUGAAGGCAAACCUGAGAACUUUUCUUAAAAAAGCACAAUGGAUCCUAUCCAGCCACCCAUAUGAAACAGACCAACCAAACAGUAUUAUCCAAGUUGAAUCUCUGAAAUGGAAAGAAUCAUUUGACAGACUCCUGGAAAAUACUGAUGGAUUAUUAACAUUCAGGGCAUUUUUGGUGUCUGAGUACAGUGAAGAGAACAUAGAUUUUUAUCUAGCCUGUGAGGACUACAAAAGCAUUAAAUCCCCAGACAAACUGAAAAUGAAAGCAAAAGAUAUUUAUGAAGAGUUCAUUCAACGGGAUGCACCAAGGGAGGUCAACAUUGACCAAAAGACCAGAGAUUUCACUAAAAGCAACCUCGAAGAGUGCAAGAGAAUGUGCUUUGAUAUAGCCCAACUUGAAGUCUACACUCUUAUGGAGAAAGAUUGCUACCCACGCUUCCUAAGGUCUGCCACGUUCAAAGAAAGGAAAAAAAGUCAAAGCUGCUUGCAUGAGGGAAAAAAUCUGCUCUCUUGUCGAGUAUUCCAGUUCGGUGAGAGUCAACAAGACUGAAGCCCAGUGUCAGUACAUGAAGGCUAGCCUCUGAUCGAGUCGUGUGACAUGGCUAGGGGUACCUGGUGAAAGAAUGAAGCAUCCAAAGAAUGACACAAGACUCAGAAUCGCUCCUGAUUGCUUUUGAAGGGGAAACUAUCAAAGACCCUUUGCGAGAAGGUUAUGGAUUAGCUAAGGCUUAGGUAACAUUCUUAUAUUGACUCACCCAGCUCUUAAUUACCUUCUGGAAGGAAAUAAUGGAGCAGCAACUGAGCACUGGGCUCAGACCUGCGCUUUGUAAUUGAGGAUCAGUGCUCGGUAGCCUUGCUUUAAUUUUUUUGAUAGAUGAGUACUUGUUAUUAAGUUGAAAUAUUGAAUUUUAUACAAUAAAAUUUCAUUUUUUUGAGCCUGGAAAUAAACCCAGGAAGCACAGGGUAGAGGGGCAGGGUUGUGACCCCAAAUGUGGUCGGCAAGUCUGAGACAGCAGCGUGUGUCUCAUAUAUAUGACACAUGUUUAUAUUGUUUUUGCAUUAAACCUUAAAUAUUUUAAGGUGUUUUGUAUAUAAAUAUUUAUAAAUAAAUUCUAUAUUUAUUUAUUGUGUAAGUGAAUACCGAUUCAAGAAUGUAAUAAGUAUGAAAUGCUUAACAAUUUGGUAAUAUUUGCAGACACCAUUAAUUCAGUGUUUCCUGAUUUAUGUAUGGGAAAUACUUUUGAGUUUAUCAGAAUAAAUUUAUAC